CGUCACGGCGCCGGUGUGCCUGUAUGCGGCGUCGGCCAAAGCGUACCGCACGCACAUCGAAACACCGCCAAGCCAACAUCGCUCUCGACGUCAAAUGCAAGCAGUCAGCGGUGUCGGCUCUUGACCCGGUCUCUCGCCAUGGCUUCCGUGACUACAGCGCCGGCGGAGCGGACUUCAACGUCCGGUAGAAAGGCAGACGCACAGCGACAACCCACGUGCCGUUCUCGAAAGAAGCCACAGCAAGAUAAUCCAGAGGCGACUGCCAAAGCGUGUCGGCAACGCAUGAAAUCGCCACAAAAGCUUCCAGCCCACCUACAAGUUGGGCGCCAGGCUGGUGAGGGAGGUGCAUGCUCGGAGACCGAGAUCCUCUUCAAAUGCUGUUUCUGCACCCUUGUCACCAGAUAUCAGCGUGAAAUCCUCGGUCACUUGGUUGUUCAUGGUGACGAUGAACAACUCGAGUGCCAGCAGCGCCCAAAGUCCUCUUCCGAAGCGGAAGACUUAAGACGCCACAUUGAGCUUCACGAGCAAAAAGGAUCUGCUGAGUGUCAGCUGAGUGAUCCCAUUCCAACGCACCCGUGUAAAAAACCUUUCGAUUGUAUGCAAGCUUUUCAAGCCGUCACUUGGAGUAAGCAGUUCAUAUGUGUCAGCUGCGCGAAGGGAUUCGCGCGAAGCAUAGACUGUAUAGACCACAUUCGAAAACACUCAGACGAGAGGCCUUUCGAAUGCGAGCUAUGUGCCAAAGUCUAUAGUUCGCGUACAAACAUGAUGCGCCACCUGCGAAGACAUACGGGAGAGAGGCCUUUCAAGUGCAAGUAUUGUAGCAAGGCAUUUACUCAUACCUACCUUCUUACCUCCCACAUGCGCACACACUCAGGCGAGAAGCCCCACAAAUGCGAGCAGUGUCAGAAAGCCUUUAGCGAGGAAGGGAGACUGAAGCGGCACAUUUUAAUGCACACGGGCGAAAGGCCUUACAAAUGCCACCGAUGUCCCAAAGCGUUUAAUGUUUACCGGUCCCUGACGCAGCACCUUCAAACGCACGCGGGCCAUAGAUCUUUCAAAUGCGACCUAUGUCCUGAAGCCUUUAACACACGUGGCACCCUGACGAAGCAUAUUCGAAUUCACACAGGCGAGAAACCUUACAAAUGCGAGAAAUGUUCCAAAGCCUUUAAUGCACGUGGGAGCCUGACGAAGCACAUUCGAAUGCACACGGGCGAGAGGCCUUACAAAUGCGACAAGUGUCCCAAAGCCUUUGGUGCACUGGGCACAUUGAAACAGCACAUUCGGAUGCACACGGGCGAGAGACCUUACAAAUGCAAAAAAUGUUCCAAAGGUUUUGGUGCGCCUUGGACCCUGAAGGAACACAUGAAAACGCACACGGGUGAGAGGCCUUUUAAAUGCGACCAGUGUCCUGGAGCCUUUAGCGUGCGUUCGAACCUGAAGCAGCACAUCCGAGUGCAUCAUAAGAUGUACAAUGGCACAUCUCAGCACUUGCCAUAGUCAGUCGACCCGAGCAAAGGGGAGUGUUAUGUACGAAAAAGGAACUGCCUGGGAAUCGGAAGCAUGCGACAAGACAGUAACGUCAUGGUGCGGCUCCUAGUAGAAGCAUUUCGCAGAGGCAUCGGGUUUAGUAGCCGACCUAAGUUUUUAUUCAUUGCUAGCUUGCAUAAGCACAGGGCAAUACUAAACGUAAAGGCCACAAUCGGCGCUAACAUUUCUUUUACACGAGACCCGGGAAUUAAGAACAAGUCCCCUCUAUGCGCUGGUGAAAACAACCAGGGUGAUCUCAAUCCCAGUUCGUGUACUAAACUCUUGCCAGCGGGAGAAAAGUUAUUUUAUGAGUUAAAAGUACUUUUCUUGUUGAUUUUACCACCAAGGGCCGAUUGCACCAACACCGCUGAGCGUGAAUCAGAACUUGGUCGCAGACCUAUGCUGGGUUUUGGUUUCGUUCUGUUACACUAAAAUCACUCAUUGCUAAACCUAGCAUUACAUUUCGCCUGUCGUCGGCUCUCAAUUUUGGGCACUUUUCUUUCUUUUAAUUUUUAUUCCCGGAUUUAAACCAUGGCGACUGGUUUUUAGCGGUGAAUGCAGUGGAAAAGUGUGUGUAAAAAGUUUUAGGCUUUAAUAGCGUGAAAGUCUCGACAGAAUGACCUUCGAUACUAAGAAGGAUACAAAUUACUGUUGUGUGAAGUGUUUGUCGACCCCUGCUUUCAAGUGAGCCUUUCACUUUUAGUGCUUGUUAGCCCUAACCGGGGCAGGUAUGCAGCUGUGGGGCAGAUGUCAGUCUUCCUGUUGGUUUUUCUGUUAACGUGCUUAUUCGUAUGUAUUCAUUUGUGCAUAUCUGUGACGUAUUGCUAUAUACAACCUUGAUUAUUUUUACUUUCAAGGCAUAUCUUUUAUUUUGAUCAGCGCAUUGAAUAGCUGCAAUCUUGAUCUUGGCGAUCAGCUGAGUUUCGACAUUUCUGCCAUUUGCAUCAGAUUGUGACGAACGGCCCACUUAGAUAAUAAAACAGCGAAAAAUGCUUUUUUUUUGUUUUUAGAGCUUUGUGCCAAUUUUCAAUGAAGUUCCCUUGUCUCGCGAGUAGAAUCUUAGCUUCGAAAAACUUUCGUUCUACAAUCGUAACUUUUCUGGUGAUUGUGCCUUGUGGAGAUAUUGGGCUCUAUACCUUUCUUUCAUGGCGAUGACAAAUCUCAACAACUAUGAUGCCAGAUUCGCUCAGCAUUGUAUCAGUGUAGGCUGCUACGGUUGGUGGGAGGAGACGACCGUUCUCGGCGACACAAUGUGAUGAACUGGUGGGAGUUUUCACGCUUCAAAGACCGCCGCUGUCUAUUUGUUCAAGUAUGUAGACAAUAGCAUGACCCUUAGUGAACUCCAGGUGUGCCUGUUAUCACUCGCCAAGGAGCUUCUGGUUGUUCUUCUCUGUCAGCAAUAAUAAAAAAAAACUGUUCUGAGUGACCUCUUGGUGUUUAUAAAUUGACAGUCUGUACGAUCAUCAAGGGAUCCAUCGGUGGUAUCGCUUUGUUGUAUGGGUAGUUAUACAUUCUUUCCAAAUCACCGAAACAAAAAACAGAUAGUUCCAUUACCAAGGGGUUUGACAAGAUAAAGCCAUUUCAAGAUGUAAUUGGUCUGGUUGAAGUCGAAAAUUAUCUUGAAGGCGUCUGAUCCUACCAAUAUAUUUUAGCCAUCAUUGGUCCUCCUUUGUUCUCUGGUUCUUUCCGGGGUCCGUGUGCCUUUUAUUACUUGGAGUUUCUAAUAUCUGAUUGAAAUAUUUGCGUAGAGCUACUCUUCAAGAUUUGCCGCCCCACGCACGCACCGAAUUCUGCUCCCUAGUCA